CGCGCCGGUGACGUCACGCGGGAGCGCGGCGCGGGCGGCAGCGAUGGCGGCGGCGGCCGGAGCGGGAGCGGCGGGAGCGGCGGCGGCCCCGCCGCGGGGCAUCCGCGCCUGGCUGCGGAGCGCCUUCCGCUUCGCCACCGACCGCAACGACUUCCGCAGGAACCUGCUGCUGAACCUGGGGCUGUUUGCCGCCGGGGUGUGGGUGGCCCGGAACCUGACCGACAUCGACCUGAUGGCCCCGCAGCCCGUCCCCUAGCCCCGGAAGGAGCUGGAGCUGCUGGGAGCAGAGCUCAGAUCCCGCCAGGACUGGAGCUGUGGAGCUGCUCUGACCCCUCUGGAUCUGUUCACAUCCCUCUGGAGCUGCCCUGAUCCCUCUGGAGCUGCUCAGACCCCACCUGGAUCUGCUCAGAUCCCCCUGGAGCUGCUCUGGUGCCCCUGUCCUGCCAGGAGCAGUGACAAGGACAAAAGGUUGAAUGCUGAGAGGAAGAAUUGGUUUCCCUUUCUUUCUUUCACUCAUUCCUUUGGGAAUUGUUUCCUCGAGGAUGUGCAUGGAAUUUCCUCCUGUACCCCCCACCCCCAGAUGUUUAUUAAAUUUUAUGGAAUAACAACACAA